GCUGCUUAUGACAGAAGAUCAACAAAAAGUAUUUAUUAAAUACGUUGUACUGUUUGACAGUUGGACAAAAGAGAUUCCCCUGACAUUUCUACUGGGUCGGUUAUCAUCUCCUUCAACUGAUGUAGGUGACAUGCUUAUACUUAGGUGGUGGGCUUGUUGUCAGCUCAUCAGCUGGCCGGAUCAUCUUCUUUACAGUGUUUCCGCGCUCAUUCGAGGAGCUGAUGUGAGUGUCAUUGUUGAUGCUGUCACAUUUUGUUACGAGGCAUCGGAGACACGGAUCAUCCGCAAAACUAUUGCGCGAUACGCAAUUUUAUCGUCUGUGCUCGCCUGGCGAAGCAUUUCAUUACGAGUUCACACCAGGUAUCCAACCGAUGAACACCUUCUGGAUUCUGGGUUGAUGACUAAAGAGGAGCUAGCAGUAUUCAAGGCAGUAAACGUGCAUGUUGAUCCGCAUCAGGUAGGACAUCUUCCUCCCUUAGCCAAAGCUCACGCUUUUUUUUUCGGAACCUUUUUCCAUCAAACCAUUGCUCAGAAGUGGUUCGUUCCAAUCAACUGGAUACAAACGAUGAUGGUUCGAUGUUUUGAAAAGGGCACUCUUGGACAUACAAACGAGUUACGUGUACUGCUGGAUGCCCUCGAAAAGUAUCGCAAUGGCUUCUUUCAGUUAUUCAUUUAUGACUGGAUCGCAAUUCCUCUUGUGUACACUCAGGUAGGGUAGAU